CCGUCGCGCCGACACGAAGAAGAGGUUUCACAAAACCAACGCCACAUUAUGGCACGAUUAUUAUCCUCUCACGUCGUAUUUCAUUUUCUGUGUAUAAUUAUUAUGCUCUUAAAUGACGGAACUAUCUGUAAUGUUGUGUUUCAGCCUGCGUUUAUUCUGGCAUCUGGUCCGAGAAUAUCAUCCUUUCUGGUUGGAAACUUGUCUGGCGUUUCCUUCAGCCUCAGUGCUGUUUCAUCCUCAAAUGCAACAGGAAGCAUCCCGUCAUCAUCCUGUAGGCCGGUUUCUCAAACACAGUGGAAUCUUUCAAAUGAAUUAAUUGGGAAGAAUGCCAUGCUGGUGCGACUGAGUCUCAACCGCAGUCUGCAGCUGUGUGGGAAUGAAACAUCUGUCCCGGACUGCUGCCUGGAGCCUCUGUGUCUCCAGGAGACUCUCCUCGUGUCUGCAUGUGUGGAUGAAACUCCCAAAGCCUCACUCAUCAUACAGACCCAGAUUUAUGCCCAGAUCGUCCCCAACCAACCCCCAUCUGAAAAUAAAACCGUCAUUCCCAACCAAGUGUUUGAGCCUCUCGGUCACUGCCCAUGUGAUGUUUCCCCAGGCGAGUGUGACAUACGCUGCUGUUGUGACCAGGACUGUUCUCAAGAAGUUCUGGGGUUGUUUGCGACUCCGUGUCUUCCUGGACCUUUCGGGGGAAGUUUCAGUCCUGUUCCAGAGUAUCAGUGCUCAGCUCAGUCUUCUGAAAAUGACCCUGAUUGGUUCCCCUUCCUCUGUGUCACCUCCCUCUCGGACAACAACCCCUUUCUGGGACUUUUCUACAAUGGUGGGACAGUCUCUCCAAAGCCCAGUCCAUCAUUCCAAGCCCUGCAGAUGACAGCUCCUGUACCUCCUAUUAACUACCGCCAGGGGGAUCCAAUAUUCACUAAGGAUGACCAAUACUUCACCAUCCCACAGAACGCUGGACUGGGCCAGUGUGCGGAAAAUGCUCCAGUGGCGUUUUUGGAAAACUUUGAGUCUCAGUGCGUGAGGAGGCUGCAGUCCUGUCCACCACCUUCUGAUGACCUGAGAGUGGAUAUUAAAGAUGGAUGGGGAGGUAGCGAUACAUUAUCAUGUUACCAGGUGAAGAGGCCAGUGAUUGGUGGUAUUUUGGACUCUGAUACAGAAGAUAUACAGAGGGCCCAGAUCAAUCUCUGGCAACCAGGUGGAGAUGGCAUGUGCUCCUCUGCUGAACUGAGACCAGCUCUGUUUGGGAUCAACUCCACAUCAGGCUGUAUGAUUCCUGCGAGUUUGCUGAAUAUGACGCAGUGCAGUCAGUUGAGAGAAACAGUGCGUGGUGCCCUUGCUGGAUUAGUGCCUGCUACACUCGUCUCCACAACAGGAAAACCAAACUUUACCAACCUAUCAGACUGGGUCAACAUUACUACUUCAGUGCAGAACUCCAGUCAGCCAGCAGAGAGCAGCACUGGAGAGUGCUCAGCUGUUCCCACCCACCUCCACAUCCACGUGUGGAGCAGCAUCAUGGGAAGUGUGCAGGGUGUGCCUCAGACGUUCAUCCAGGCAGUGGAGAUGAGUUUCAUAGAAACAACAUGGAGGAUAGAGUGUGGUAUGGGCAGGGUGAACCCAUGUUCAAACCCAGAGCUAAUGCAAAAUUUCCCUGUGACCUCGUCUGUGACCUUUACUGACAAUCCUCUUAUUACACAACCCCCUAGAUCCAGGUUCAGUAUUAACUUCACCGAGUUUGACUGUGACAGGAACGAUGUGUGCUGGCCCGAGCUGGCCUUCCCUCUCACGAGAUACUAUACUGGUGAGCCGUAUUCCCAGGCUCUGGCUAAAGGUCUCGUUCUAGUGUUCUUCUUCAUUGCUGCGUCUGUUUUAGGAACACCAUGGAGACAAAUCAGACAGGCAUGGAAUAGUGCUUCAUUAUGAAAGAAAGCAAGAGAAAAUUAUCUAUCAAAUAGAAUUUGAUAUGCAAUGGUAAAUAGCUGUAAAGAUGUUGUUUAUUUUCCUUUUCUGGUUUGUAAAAAAAAUUUAUGCAUUAUUUAUUAUGUUUUGAAAACUUUUG